AUGGCGGAAGGCGCGCCGCUGCCAUUCCACGAUGCCAAGUCGACGGCGAUAAACGUGCUGUCCGCUUUCCGUCCCCGUACACAAAGAGUCAAGAAUAUUGCGCUAGCAGGCAUCGCAUUGUUAUGCUUCCUUCUCAUGCUCCGAUCCUCUUCAAAGCGAGUUGAAACAGACUUCUGGACCAAGUUCCCCUCUCGUCUUCCUUUCCCUGAGCGUCCGGAAGAUGCCAGGGUCGUUCUCCCUCCCCGGACCGAUAUCGAUGUGAACCACACCCUCCCACACGACCUCGACAAGCCCAACCCGCGCCUGCAUGUCCUGGUUCCAGCCUUACAGGGCUCGCGCGGUGUCUGCCGAACCAUCACGUCAGCUAUGAUCCUGGGAUAUCCGCCACCGACGUUGAUUGGAUAUGGAAGUGACGCGCCGGGCGCGACCGAGACCGAGAACAUGGUGGAUCGGAUCACGCGCGCCCGCAAUUACCUACGCGAUAGCAAAACUGUACACGAUAACGACUUUGUACUUAUGGUGGAUGGACUGGAUACAAUCUUCCAGCUUCCACCGCAGGUACUGAUCAAGCGAUUCCAGAGCAUUAUCCGAGCAAACAACCAGAAGUUACAGGCCAAGUUCGGGUUCGUGGAUGUGCAAGGAGAGAAGCCUGACGCUCCGUUCAAAAAGAUACCGAAGUACAACCAGCGAGUUUUGUUUGCUGCAAGCAAGACUUGUUUCCCUGGGUUGCGAGAUGACCCUGGUUGUGCGACUGUGCCUGAAUCAUCUUUGCCUCCAGAUGUCUAUGGCUGGAAGACAGAUGACGAUGACGAUAGCUCUUUCAAUCGACCCCGAUGGCUGAAUCCCGGAGCGGUAAUUGGACAGGCUGCUGAUUUGCGCUUAAUCUACGAUGAGGUCCUGCGGGAAGUUGGGCAGCGCUCGACCAAGACAGGGGACUACAAGGCUUUGACGCAGAUCUACGGGCGGCAGGAGGUAAUUCGAGAAUUGGAGCGGCGACGAACAGUCAAUGGAUUCAAAGACUGGAUGUACCAAAUGGUCGGAAUCUCCGAUGCGUCGAACCUCACCGGAAUCACUCUCCGGCUAGAGGCCGGUCGUCGUUACGAGUACGGUAUUGGCGUCGACUUCGAGUCUCAGCUAUUCUUCAACCAGAUGAUGUCCCGCAAGGAUGUCGAGUGGGUCAAGUUCAACAAUAUCACCAAAAUGUCAAUGCUGCAGGCGCAGCACGGCGUUCCACGCGAGCAUCGACUCUUGCUGCCACAUGACAUCGCGGCUCUUCCCAAUCCCUUCAACCAGUCGCGGUUCGCGAAAGAAUCGACACUCCGACCGAUGUGGAAUGCGACUCUGGACAAACUGCCCAACCCGAACAACCAUUCAUGGCACAACGUUGCUUUAAUGACAAACCCCCACUCGGCUUCUGUGCCUGUGCUGGCCCAUUUGAAUGGCGAUCCCAAGCUGCGCAAUGGUUGGUGGGAAAGUAUGUGGUUCUUCCCAUGGGGCCGUGCUCUUCUCCGGAAAUACGUCCGCAAUGCACAUGGCUUCGACGCCGCGCAAUCAUCUCUUCUCGGAGGGCAGGAUUGGCUCGAGGUGCGCGGAGGUCGAGGUGGGAUAUGGACCGAUAAAGAGAACUGGGUCACUAUUGCCGAAGUCUGCAAUGGCCAAGAAAGAGACCUAUUCGAUGAUGGCCUCGGUCUUUGGUCGAAGGAGAACGACGACCCAGAUGCUCCGGUUUAUAACCAAUAUGGUAACUUGGUCGCUGGAAAGGAAGACCCAAACGCUAAGCCAGAUGAUCUCUGGUUUUAG